CCGGUGAAGACCCCUUCUACACCUACUUGGCUGCGUAGGUAUAUAAAGCCCGGCUGGGACACCUUGAUGGCCUGUCUACUCCCUUGUCUACUCUCCUCGUCGCCCAUCCUCCACCAAACACCACACACCAUCACCACCACCGCCACUACCGGAUCAGAUAGUCGCAUACACAGAUAGAUCAUCACUACGACGCUGUAUACCGAUUAAGUGCAUACUUGCUACUUCUACCUUAUACCUACAUAUAACCUCCGAGUUUACUCGUCCCGACGCCCACACCAUGCCUGAAGGCGGAUGUCUCUGCGGCAAGAUCCGCAUCUCGUUCGAAGGGGAACCCGAAGCUAAAGUCCUCUGCCACUGCGCGGACUGCCGCAAGAUCACGGGGUCGGCGUUCAGCACGAACGCGCUGGUUCCGGCGGCGCGGUUCGCGGUCGCGGCGGGCCAGCCGCGGACGCUGGAGCGGCGCGCCGAGUCGGGCAACCCGAUCACGUCGCACUUCUGCGGCGACUGCGGCACGACGCUGUGGCGCGAGGGCCCCGGCUACGCCGGCUUCAAGAUCGUCAAGACCGGCGUGCUCGACGACCCGGCCGCUACCUUCGACGCCCUGCGCCCCGCCGCCGAGCUCUUCGUCCGCAGCCGCGCCGCCUGGCUGUCGCCCAUCCCCGGCGCCGAGCAGAAGGAGACGGCGUGAGGUCGCGCCGAGCGUUGCGCCGGAGGAGGGAAAGAGGGGGUUUAGCUGCUCCCCCAAUCCCCCCCCGCUGGGUGUCGCAGUCGGAAAUUGGGCUCUGGAACGAGAGGGGCAGAGGCGCCGCUGCGUCGCGCCCGGAUGCUGGGAAAUAAUCAUGUACCUACUAGCGGAGCGAGAGCGAGACUGGUCCCACGUCAAGCGGCCUGCCGUCGCUCUCUAGUUAUACUCGUGCCAACAACCCGCGGCGACGGGCCCCUGCCACGGCAGCGGCCGCUCGUUCGCCGCGCCAGACAUGCAACGCAAACUCUACUCUGCCCCCCUUGCCCCUCCUACGCGCAACCGCGAGCGAUGUCGAGAAGUGCCACAUGUGAAACCGUAAGGCAGUCGAGUACCGACGGCGACCCGUGUCCUUUGUCCUUUCCGCGCGCCGACUUCGGACGUAGGCCGAGAGCAGUGGCCGCGCUGCUCGACUCAACCCGUUCUCGUGACCAGCAGGCUCUUCCUCUUCUCCUCUUCUUCUUCACGAGGGGGGAAGGGAGG